CUUGGCCUCGUCACAUCAGUGGGCAACUCCAAGACUCUGUCAAGUCCUCUCGAUCCCCCAGUUUCCCUCUCUCUACCGUUCCCCCGAAGAAACAACCCGGUCUUACGUCAGAAAGUGCAGGGCAAGCAAGACUGCGUCUUAGGGAGCUAUUCGUAGGCAUUGCUGCCAAACCCGGUUUGGGGCUUCUCAUGAGCUCACUGCAGCCAAUGCAAUUUACAAAUCCAGCUCCUUUAAAACAGCACCAGUGUGUGGUCUGUGUUGCUGGCACAAUUGCGCAUGAAAAAAGCAGGAGAGUGAACGGUGUGCAGAUAAAGAGUAGAUUGGCUUACGCUGUAGCCUCACUGCAAACACCAUUACAUGAUGAAGCAACAGAGAUUUUUUUCACACAGAAGUUUCUGUGGCAUUUUUUGUAUUUGAUUUUUUUGCUGAUCUAAAAAACAACAUGCCCCACGCUCGAAAUAGGAACCCGAGUCCCAUCCCUGAGGUAACAUGGGACACAGGACUGAAGGAGAUUAACGAGACCUGGAAAGGAGCUAUAGCCUGUCUGGGGGUGGCCGUCUUCUUUGUAAUGACAAUCGGGAUCAUAUACUGGCAAGUGGUUGACCAGCCUAACAAAAACUGGAUCCUCAGGGGGACUUUUAGCGGACUCAUCUGGGAGAGAAGAACCCACUCUCUGGUGAUACAGACUCUUACGGAGGAAAAGACUUACGUGGAGAUAGACGUCGGGAACGUGGGGAACCACGAUGUUGAUGUGCCUUUCGUGAGGAACAUGUGUUGGCUUAAUAAAACGGAGUUCUGCUACACGUGGGACUCGGUAGCUGAGGUGAAGAUCUCGCUGGAGGUGAAUGAGGAUACGGAGACGGAGUGCUACAGUAUGACUUGGGCACCGGUGCACUGUCAUGUGGAGCUGAAGGACUGUUUUUCAAUGGCCAACGUUUCCUGGUAUGGUGGCGGCAGCGUCCGGGGUCAGACCUGGCCAAUAAAUGAUCAAAACGCCACAAUGCAGCCCUUCAUCGUCAGCAAUCUGAAGGAUACACCGUCUGGGUUUGGCUCUGCACUUGAACGCUACUUCUUGGGCUCAUCAGGUGUCACAGUGCUUGUAUCUCCAGACAUCCCCCUGCAGAUCGGGGUGGACAGCCAGCAGCAGUUCUGCCUGCAGUCACUGCCUAGUAUGGAGCGUCUCCCUCUGCAGUACACUGUGUGUGUGGCCCACAAUGUGAAAGCUGCUCACCAGGAAGCCAUGCUACAACUCUCCGAGCAGAGCAGGGAACUACCGAACAUGAAAGCGCUGUGGCUGCCGUUCUGGAAGCUGCUCACUAAUGUGGACUCAGGGCCGAAGGUGGAGAGGGAGCUGAGAACCUUCUCUAAUCGCCUGAGGAGACACCAGCUGGGGGAGGGAGUCAUCAGCCUCAAUGAACAUUCCACCACCCUCCUCUCUGAUAUGGACCAUGACUACCUCAACAGCAGGAAAAGGGGGAUGUCCAAGAGACUGACCAGGGACCUCCCACUUGUCAAGCUUCUUAACAUUUCCAUCACCUUGUCCCCUUUCCUGGGUGUGGACACCACACAGUUCCACACCUCCCUCGCUGAUGGCACCGAGGCCUACUGGCUCAGUCUUCCCUCAGCCCCACAGGGACAGCUGGUCCCCGUGAUGAGUCAGUGGCAAGGAAAGUUCUGUGUAAAGCUGAACCUCACAAACCCAGGAGCGGUGAGCUGGUUCAUGGACAGGGUUGGAUCCUUGCAGGCCCAUUUAGGAAUGGAGUACAUCAUGCUGGAAGGGGGCGAGAGGAAUCUGUUUGAGGAGCAGGCCCUCCGUCCACCACAGGCCCUGGGUGGUGACAGGUACAUUGAACUUCUAGCUGAUGUGGCCACAAGGAUAGGAGACUCCACCAUCAUCAUGACAGCAGGGACACGGUCAAGCCACAAGCCAUUGUUUGUGAGGAUGACCCCCUUGCAGUCUGACUGGAGCUCUUUGGGGCUGAGGGCCAUCAUUCCCUCCCUGCUGCACCACACUCUGCUGGGAUACAACUUCCUCAUUCCCGAUGCAGUAGGAGGCUCUCUGUCAGGAGACCUGGUCACAGAUGAGGAGUUGUUCGUCCGCUGGCUGGAAAUUGCAGCCUUUCUCCCAGUUAUCAGCUUCCACACGCCACCCUGGGUGUACGGAGAGGACCAGGUGCUUAACCUAACUCGGACCUACAUCAUGAAGCACCAGAGGGAUGUGGUACCGCUGAUAGAGGAGUAUGCAGAGGAGUGGCAGACGACAGGAAAUCCCAUCUACCGGCCAAUGUGGUGGCUCAGUCCGAAUGAUCCCAUGACUUUCACCAUUGAUGACCAGUUCCUCAUCGGAGAUGAGGUCUUAGUGGCACCAGUAGUGGAGAAGGGGGCAGUGCACAGGGAUAUUUAUUUACCUGACGGGGGCUUCCAGUGGCAGGACAGCCGGAAUGGGCAGGUGUUUGAUGGCGGGACGUUUCUGCAGAACUACCCUGUUCCUCUGGAGGAGGUGGCUGUUUUCUUAAGGAGAAGCUGAGUCAUGCAACUGAUCCGCUGAAUCAUCUGACUUAACCUGUUACUGUUUUAAAUCAAAUUCUUAUUAUUUUUUUAAUUACUUGUGCUGUUCCCAUAUUGCACUUUUCCACUAAAGACCACUGACUCACGUUCUGACUUGAGAUGAUAUGUAGAAAGAAUAUUUUUUAUACUUGCACUUUACAGUUCAGAAUUGUUUGUAUUUUGUUCCCCUUGUGGCGUUUUGGUUUUUUCUUUUUCUUCUUCUUUUUUUAAAAAUGUUAAUCAGUUUUACCUCUUGGCCGAUUUGUUUCUGGACUUUUUUUUUCCCCAUCUAUUCAUCUUUUUUGGGGGUGUGUGUGUGUAUAGUUCCGGACAAAUCUGUGUGUUUACAUACUGCCUUUCUACAGUCUUUAAAUUUUUAGUUGCUGCUGGCUCUCUUCAUCAAGAGGAACAAAGCAGGCCCCAUUGCUGGCUUAAAAGAGUCUGAAUCCCUCAAGAAGACCAAAUGAAGAAACGGAAAAGCAAAGAGUUGUAAAACCAUUUUUUUUCAAGGUAUAUGCUCCCCAGGAGAUAUUUAGGUUACAGAAAGCUGCAGACGGGGACAGAUGUAACAUGGCAUGUCUUGCUCACUCAGUGAAAGGCUUUUACUUGAACCAGACUGAGGGGCUGAUUGUUUUAUGAAUGUACCUCAAGUUGCAGAUGUUCACUGCUUUAUAGUCAUUACAAACAACAAUCUAUCACCCUUUAGCACAUAUUCUUGCAAUAGUUAAGUUAUGAAAUAAUCAACAUACCACUCUGUUGGACAUGCUAUCUGAAUGUUCUUUAGUACUGUAUGUUAGAGGAACUUGAGGCCAAGCCACUGUUAUAUCAGACUUUACGUUUUUGCUAACUUGCUGUGGCAAUGGCUUAUAGAUAAGUGGCUCCUUUUUUUUUUCCUUUUAUCUAGCUGAAUGAUGUUGUGUUGAAGUGCUCUUUCUUGAGAGCCAAAUUAAGUUCUAAAGAAAGCCCUGCAGAUGAUACUUAACUGGUGGAAAGGAGCUUUCAAAGAAAUAGCUUGACAUUUGGUUAUUCAGUUACUUAUUGUGUGACUGAUGUUACUUGCAUAUCUGAUUUGUAAAUAUGAAACUACCACAUGCAGCUUAGAUAGUUAUCAGACUGGAGGCAUUGUGUGCCUGGCCCAAAGCUAGCCUGGUUCAACACCCUAUUAAUUCAACAAUCAGUAAUCAGAAAACUAUUCAAUUUAACUAUUCAAAGAGUGAACUAAUAACAGAAUCUUUUAAAAACAAAAAUUUAAUAGCAACAUUUAGUUUCACCAUUUUCAUGUUUCCAGCUUUGAUGCUAUGGGGUUAGCUUAGCGUAAAAAGUUAGUCAUGUCAAUGCUAAGUGCUAGCUUAGGGUUAGCUUAGCAUGAAAAGUCUGCUGGCAUCAGUCACAACGCACUUUUCCUGCUGCAAAAAGUGCAUUGUGUGUGACUUUGUUUUGAGCUUGUUUUGGGAUUAAGAACUAAUUUUGAUUAGCCAAUUAGAAGAACAAAAUACAUACAUAUUAGUGUUUAAGUCACCUUUCAAAUUAAUUUUAGCAGAAACUAAUACCUAGAGGCUUUAAGAGUUGGUUAAUUAAACCAAGAAUGAUGGAAAUUGCUCAGAUUGUGGUACAUUAAUACUUUUUCUCAUAAAAUUUUUGGCAAAAAGUGUAUUUAUUAUUAUUAUUAUUAUUAUUAUUAUUAUCCAAGAUGUACCAAACAACUAAGUGCAUUGUUUUCUUUUGUAAGCAGUGACUCCAUGUGAAAGAACCUGCAUUUUAGCAAUCAUAUGUAUGUUGUAUUUACUAGAAAGUGUUCAAAGCAUGGGUUAUUGUUUAAAUAGAAAAGGCUUUUUGAUCAAUUGAGAUCUGCUUUGGUUUUUUUAAUGACAAAGUUUUAAGUUUUUCUAUAAAAAAAAUAGCUUAGUUUUGAACCCAAAACAUUGAUUCCAUACAAGAACCGGAUAUUAUCCUGUGAAAAAAGAAAGAAAACUACCUGAUUAAAGUAGAACUGGUGCUGUACUUGUAAUAUUUUUCUUCGCCAAAACCAAAACAGUUUUCUGGGGAUUGAGUGGUGGCUGGUGGUCACUUGCCUGUUGCUUUAGUGUUUUUGUCCUCAUGUUUAUGUUGGACCUUGUCUCCACUUUCACAUCACAUUAGUAGUUUUUACAAAAUCUCUUUUGAACCCUGACUUAAUGCAGCAAUGAAAUGUAUUCUGUGAUUAUAUUCAAAAGAAAUGUAAUCUUUACACCAUGCUACAUCAUGUAUAUAUGUGCUUAGUUUAUUUUUUUGUUCUUCACAAGACAAUCUUAACUGGCCAGCAGUGAUGAUACAGACUCAUAUCUUACCGAGUCCAACCAACAAAUUAACUGAUCUAAUACAUUUACUGUAUCAGCUCAAACACUCAGGUCAAAUGAAUCUAACAUCACAAAAUGUCUUAGAGCAACACAUCGAUGUCUUAAUCUCUUGCAGAGCAGAAUGUACGACGUACAAACUGUGAUUUCCCACAGCCCUUCAUUUGAGGAGCUUUUCUAGUUCCCAUGAUAAUGCCUUUGUGGAAUGCUGUGUUAUGUUCACAUAUAUGUUGCAGGAAAAGCUUUGAUGUGUUAUUCCUUCCCUCUUAUCUACAGCAACCCACAUGCUUUUCAUUGAUAUUGAUAUGCCACUCUUAAAUCUGGACAAAGAUGAGUGUCUGGAUUAUUGCAGUAUCAGCAAUGAAAAUAUUACAAUGACUGUGCCAUUACAAAUGUUUUUUGUUUUUAUUUUUUUGUUUGUUUUAUUCUGUAAAUCAGAGAGUAGAAUUACAAAGUUGCAAUAAAGUUUACAUUUUCUUAC